AUGAUCGUUCAGAAAGUGAAGGGGCUGCUCUACAGACUGCUAAAGAUACCGGGUGCUGAGUUGAAACUCUCCUACACUAGCUCAAAGGUAAAGGGGUUUACUGACAACAGCAACUGCCCUAUACUACCUUAAAGGUAAAGGGGUCUAAAUAGGCUAGGUAAAAUGGUCUUACUCACUUAGACUUGCCCACAGUUUAGUUUUACUUCUGUGUUGGUGUAACCAUACUCGUCCACUGCCACUCCUAGGUGAAUCUGUUAAAUAGACCAAUGGUACAGUCCCACUUUCUUAGCGGUGGAAGGGACUCCCUAAAACGGCAUUUGUCUUUUUCACAGAUGGAGGGCAAAGAGAUUGAGAUUGACAACGACCUGAAACCGCUGCAGUUCUACUCCAUCGAAGACGGAGACAAGGUCCUUGUCCGCUGGUUGUGA